AUGGCGACUGAGCUUGAGGAGCUCCUAGGGUUCCUCUCAUCGCCCUCCCCGCAGGUGAGCGAUGGGGCCAUCGUUCCGAUGUGCCCUCGCACGUUGGCCACCGCCUGGUAUGAAUCUAAUGCUGCGAUUCUUUCUUCUGGCGUUGCAGCUUAGGAAGGCUGCCGUCGACAUCGUCAGCGGACUCACCGGCUCCGAGGAGGGCCUCCGGUCGCUUGCCGCCCACGCUGAUCUAGCCCUUCCCCCCCUGCUUCGCCUUCUCGAUGAUGUCGUCGCUGUGGAGGGUGUCUCCAGGGCCGCCGCUGAGGCUCUAGUCAAUCUCUCGCAGGACGCCGUCAUCUGCGAGAAGCUCGUCUCGCAUGGAGCAGUGGGUAAUUCCGUGGGUGUUCUCUACAAGCAGCCGCGGGGCGGAGGCCUUGGCAUUUCUCCGCUUCUGGUCAUGCUACUUGUCAACCUCACCCAGGUUGACUCCGGCGUCAACGCCCUGCUCCAGGCAAGCACUUGGCCUCUUUAUAUGCAGCUAGUCGUCUGCAUGUUUUCUGUGAAAAAAAAGUGAAACUCUCAAAGUUUCUACUGGUUAGAAUUAAAACCUUUGUUUUUUAAUAAAAAAAUGCCCAUUAUUCUAUCUUUGUACGUUCUCCAUUCGGCUAUUUACCAUCAGAUUAUUCCGGAAAAAUCGUUGAUAAAUCUCUCAUCUUCUCUGAAGCAUAACCAAACACAAAGUCUAGCAAAGCUCAAUCAAAUCCACCAUAGUGCAGGUUGGAGAAGAGGUGGAAGGAUUAUAUAUCUCCAAGCUUGUGAGAUCCUUCUGUAGGUCAUCGGCUAAUGAAACCUCUGGUGAGUUUUCUCAUUUGUGAAAAUUAUUAUUAUUUUUGGUCAUCUUCUUUCCAUCAAAAUCAUUAUGACGUAUUUCAUUUUGACUUCAAUUUGCUGAAUGUUUCAUCUGAGCACCUAAUUUUUAAAUUUUUUGUUGAUUCAUAGCGUCUGCAAUGGUGGGAUGAAACGUAUAGAUUAAAUUUCUUUUGGUUGAAUCCUUUUUGGAGGAAUGCUGGCGUAGAUGGGCUUCAUAUCAAAGAUAAGCUGUUGAAGUCAAAGUUUUGUAAUAAUAAAUUGGGUAUAGUUGAUAUGAUGUGCCACUUUUAUUAUUUAAAUAAGAAAAUAAUUCUGCAAGAGUGACAGGAGGCUGAUAUGAUCUUUCUGGAAGAUCAAUGGCAACGAUGAAAAUGUUUUGAUUUCUAGUCAUUUGGCCAAAAUGGGUACAUUAAUCUUGAUUACGCUGUGUUCUUUCUUAUAUUGCGUCUGUAGGUGAUGAUCCCUUUGAACAUGUGGCAUCGAUUCUUGUGAACAUCUCUAAAAUGGAGGCAGGAAGGAGGAUCCUUCUUGAUCCCAAGAGAGGCCUUUUGAAACAGAUUGUACAAAACGUUGAUGCAACAAGCUCAUUGCGCAAGAAAGGGGUGCGUAUACUGGGGAAUUAUAGGAAAAAUCUAGUUUUUUUUUUCUAAUCAUAAUUUUAAAUCAUAAACCCUCUAGAUUUCAAAAGGUGACACAUCGGGAUCCUUAACUCAUGAUUGGAAGCGUUAUUGAGCUUUAAAUAUAUUUUUCUCUUACAGAUAUCUGGAACAAUUCGCAAUUGCUGCUUUGAAGCUGAUAGGCAACUUCAGAGCUUGCUUUUGAUUUCAGAGUUUCUCUGGCCCGCCCUGCUCCUGCCUGUUGCAGGGAAGAAGGUGAUAUUACCUAAUUUAUGACGAUCGUGUUGCAUGUACGCCCAUUAUGAGAUCGAAUAUGAGCACCACCUGUUCAUCCAUGUAUAAUCAUAAAUGUAUGCUAUAUGUAUAGAUGUAUAGAUGAUUAUCUUUUAUAAUAUACGUAAAUUCUUCAUUAAUUCUGAAGAAAGCUUGGUUUCUUUAGUGAAACCCCUGGCUAUUUCGAUAGUCUAUGAUUCUUGCUAGUUUUUAUGAUCAACCCUGCAUGGAGACACUCACUGUUCAUGCUAUCUUAAUGAGUUUGUGCGAAAAUUCGAUCUUUCCUUGAUAAAUUAUGGACAUAUUCGUUGGUGUUCUUUGAGAUGUAAGCCCACAGAAACCAGGGUUUAGAAAGGUAAUUUAAUGGUACUUUCUGGUUAAUGUCUGGAUCAGAUUUAUAGCCAGGAAGACACCUCUAAGAUGCCUCUCGAGCUCGCAACUCCACUCUCAAUUGAGCGAGAAGCUAUUGAUGACCCAGAAAUCCGCAUCCAGGCCCUGGAAGCUAUUUACCUAAUAUCGUUACAGGUAAUUUAUUUUUUUACCUAAAUCCAUGUCUGCCUGACAUCACGUGCUUCACGUCUUUUUUGCUUUCUUUUUUAUUUUAAUAAUUAUAGGGGCUGUUCUUGUUUUUGAUAUUAAAGAGGGGUGUUACUUCUGGGUUUAAAAACUUUGGAUUGGUUUUUUCAGUUUAUUUUUUUUGUCACGUUUUUUUUUUCUCGCUGUGAUUAUCAUCUUUUUUUUCUAUUAAUUCAUUUUUUCUUCCUGUUAUUUUGUUUUUUUUUCUCUCGACUAUUUUGCAGGAUGCGGGGAGAAAGGCUCUUUGGUCCAUCAAUGGUCCACGGAUUCUGCAAGUUGGAUAUGAAGGCGAGGAAGACCCUCGAGUGAUGGAAGCCUACGAGCAAAUUGGCUCUCUGGUAGGACUCUCUUCCUCUCUUCAUCCUGUCUAGAGCUGUCCUCGUCUAGAUUUUCCUCUCUCUCUCUCUUUGAUGUUGAGGGCGAGGCUUAUCUGGGCCAGGUUCAGGCAUCAAAUAGCUCAAAACCUGUUUUCUUGGCUUUUUUUUUCUUUUCUGGGUCAGGCGUGGAUUCAACCCUUUUUAAAGAUCCUUCUCUAUUUAUCCUUUUUUUUAUCUCGCCAAUGAUAGAAUCAUCAUCUGAGGCCCUCUUCGAUUCAUCCCUGAUAGGGGUGAAUCCUGGAAAUCGUCAUUAGUUAAAUAUUUCCUUUCUUUCCUUUGAAAUCGCCUUCAGAUGAUCAAUCCUGGAUACCGUUUCUCAGAUUUUUCCUCUUGUAGUUUCUUGUUCCUUGUGAUCAUAUGAUUUCUAGAGCUCUCUCUCAUCUUCCUGCAGUUGGUCGGUGGCAGUGGUGAGGUCGCGGACCAGUGAGGCCCAAUCCAAUCCUCGGAGCUCUUCUCUUGGCCGUCCGGAUCUGUUCAUGUAAAGGAAUACAAUUAUUUUUCUAUUUUUUCUUUUUUUAUUUUCUAAAUUUCUUUGCGCACUGGCGGCCUUGACGUGGAAACUUUAUCCAUAAUUAAAUGAGAACUAAAAUCGUGUUUUUAUUGUUCUUCUUCUGAUUUCUUUUAGGAUAAUUGAUCAUAAUAUUCCUUUCUGAAAAGUGGGUUGCUUUUUUUCUUUUUUCCGGGAUAUUUCUGGUCCUGGUCGUCAGGAAAUAACUAGUUUCUCAGCAUGAACUCCGACUAGAUACCACUUCUCUGCCGAUUACUGAUUUCUUGAUGCUUGCACUUGUUUUUCUGCUUAUAUCAUUCAACACCAGCAAUCUCCACCCUACUUGUGGGGAGAGAGAGAGAGAGAGAGAGAGAGAAGAGAGAAUACUCAACCUGGGGGUAAGUUUCUGCAAGUCUUAAACCCCUGUGGGGGAGACCAGCACUCAGGUUUAAAUAUCAUCAGCCUCACAAGAGGGGAGGGAGAGAGAGAGAGAGUAGCGGGUAAGUUUCUGCAAGACUUAAACCGUUGCGCAGGGAGACCAGCACUCCACUGAGGUUUACAUAUCUUCAGCCUCACAAGAGGAGAGGGAGAGAAAGUAGUCUACAUUUCCAGUCCUCCAGAGCCGCAACCGGGUAGAAAUACCUUCAAUCGUGCUUCAAUCUUCAUCAUCUUCGCCCUCUUCAUCCUCCUGUUCUUGGUCAUCAUCUUCAUCUUCAUCAUCAUCGUCAUCAUCAUCAUCAUCAUCAUCAUCUGUGCCCCUCUCCUGACAAAGAGAAUUUACUUUUAGAAACCAGACCGUUUUUUUUUUUCAUCUUUCAUCCCUAUAUUUACCAAGAAAUCCUACUUUUUGCAGUCAAAUAAAAUAUUUUUUUUCACCAUUCGUCAUCAUCUUCAUGGACUUAUGA